AUGAGGACAACAUUAUUCGUAGCUGGCUUUGGUGGACGCACACGCGCAAGAGAUCUCGCUUACGAAUUUGAACGCUAUGGUCGACUCGUGCGUUGCGAUAUUCCAGCACCCAAAUCCUAUGCUUCUAAAGUUUAUGCUUUUGUUGAAUUCGAAGAUCCGCAUGAUGCCGAAGACGCCUUCAAUGAAAUGCAUGGCAGACGUAUUGACGGUUAUACUAUCAGUGUCCAGUGGGCUCGCAAUGCUCCCAGCGCAACGUGGAGACUAGGUGGACCAUCGCAUCCAGCAACACCACAUCACACUUUACCCUUACCUCCUCCACCUCCUCCGCCACAACAUUCAGGGCGCAUACCACCACCUUACCGAUCAUACAGCCCAUAUCGCAGCAGCAGUCGAGGACGACGACGCUCGCUUUCGCCACCCAGAGGCAGAUCGCCUCCGCCCCAUCAUCACCAUUACAUGAUGGAUGAACGACGAUACUCCACGUCGCACUCGAGAUCUCGCUCGCCUAUUCCUUCGUCCCAUAUUAACAAUACCAUUGAAAAGCAUCGUUCUAUUUCGCCUUCCAUGAACAACAAGAGCAAAAUGUCACCUUCCAGACACUACCAUAGCCCACCACUUGUUUGA